AUGCCAUCUCGUAAAUCCUGGUUCAACUCCCUUUUACUUGCUGGCCUACUCCCGCUUCAGGAUGCCUAUGCACAACAGUACCUUCUUGGAUCCAGUGGUAAAACCAACAUGAUGGGUUAUGCGGACUUGUCUCAAACAGAUACCGGUCUCCAUAUGCGCCAGUUUUCCCGGGCCUUUAUCGUUGCGACCCCAGGCACAAAUUCCGCCAAAGACAGGAUCUUGUUCAUCAAUUCCGACCUACAAUCGGGCGACACGGCCAUUCGACGUGGAAUCCUUGACCAAUUAAAUCAGUUGUAUCCAGGUUUGGUGUUUAUUCGUCCAUGGAAUCACAGACCAACUCCUAACUACUUUUUCAGGUUGUAUACCGAGGCAAACGUUGCGCUUGUCGGGACCCACUCGCACGCCGGCGUCGGAGGAUUUUUGAAUAAUUUGUUACCAACACUCACUAGCUUAGGAUUCGUCAAGCAAACAUAUGAUGCCAUUGUAAAUGGCACCGUCUUGGCUGUAAAAAGGGCGCAUGAAUCCCUCGCACCGGAACACUCUCGCUCGGCAAUGUUACUGGCUAGGUAUCAGUAUGAUCAGGACAAAGAGCUGCACCUACUUAAGUUUACGGACAACUCCGGCACUGCUCGUGGUCUCUUGAGUUUCUUUGCCGUUCAUGGAACAAGUUUGUAUCAGAACAAUACCCUUGUCAGCACUGAUAACAAGGGAAUGGCUGCAUAUCUGUACGAAGCCGACGUCCAACCUGAUGCUGCACCCGGAAAGAAUACAUUCGUUGCUGGAUUUGUCCAAGCCAACGUCGGAGAUACCACUCCGAAUACCCUCGGUGCAUUCUGCGAAAGCCCGGGAAAGCCAUGGGACGGUCAACCGUGCGAGUAUCAAAAGUCCACAUGCGGGAAUGUAACCCAAGGAUGUCACGGACGUGGUCCUGGUUUCCAAAUCUCCGACUUCGAGUCUAACCGUAUUAUCGGGGAAAACCAGUACCUGGGCGCUAAGAAACUUAUGGCCAGCAACUCGUUGACUGCUGUCAAGGGUGCUGUUAGAAGCUUGCAUACAUAUGUCAACAUGUCGAAUUACUCGUUCCCGCUCUCUAAUGGAACAACAGUUCAUACAUGCCCGCCCGCGAUGGGUUACUCAUUUGCUGGAGGAACAAGCGAUGGCCCUGGAGCAUUUGACUUUACACAAGGAGAGACCGCUGACGGAACCCAGAAUCCUUUCUGGGAGAUAGUUAAAGGGAUUAUAACUGCACCUCCAAGCCAAGAGCAAAAGCAAUGCCAUUAUCCUAAGCCUAUUCUACUGAAUACCGGUUACACAAAGUUCCCUUAUGCAUGGCAGCCAGAUAUUGUGGAUAUUCAAAUGAUGCGUGUCGGCCAAUUCGUUGUUCUGGUCGUUCCGGGAGAAUUUACCACUAUGGCUGGCGUAGAAUCAGGGAAUCGUAUGGCCGGGCCGGCGAACACCUAUUCUCAUUACGUUACUACUCGUGAGGAAUAUGGUAUUCAACGAUACGAAGGAGCUUCCACUAUAUAUGGUCCUUUUACGCUCGAAGCCUAUCAGAACCUUACACUGGACUGCCGGGCCCAUUCCGGAGGACUUGGCCAAGAGGCUAUCUCGCUUCAGACUGGCGUAGUCUUCGACGCAGCUCCUAUCGGAAAGUCCUUUGGAAGUGUCCUGACCGAUAACAACUUGCGCCUCGAGGGAACUUUCUUGACUAUUGACCGUUUGACCGGUAGCACCUGGUCAACAUACCGAACUGAUUCUCACCCAUCUACAAAGUUCAGAUGGACCCGUACUAAUACGGUCCUUGGACAUAGCACUGUUGAAGUUGAAUGGAUUAUUGAAUCGAACGCCCCAGCCGGAACGUAUCGAGUCACCUAUUACGGCGAUUCCAACCAUUGA